GGGAGGGGGAUGGGAACCAGCCACUACCGUUUCCAAACGCCCGGUAUCCGGGUAUGAUGGCGGCUGUAGAACAGUGCUCGCUCUCGGCUCAAUGGCGCCCGGUUUUCCUCACGCACGUGGAGUACCCAGCAGGAGACGUUUACGGGCAGCUGUUGGCCUACCUCAGCCUGGGACCAGUGGUCAUUCUCAUCAGUUUUGUGACUCUUAUCAUAUUCAAGAGAGAACUUCACACGAUUUCCUUUCUGGGGGGCUUGGUAAUGAAUGAAGGUGUAAAUUGGUUAAUAAAGAACAUUGUAAGAGAGCCACGUCCAUGUGAAGGAACGCAUACAACAGUCACCACAGAGUAUGGGUUACCUUCAAGUCAUUCACAGUUCAUGUGGUUCUUCUCGGUGUAUUCAUUCCUCUUCCUAUACUUAAGGAUGCACCAGACAAACAAUGCUCGGUUCCUGGACUUGCUCUGGCGCCAUGUACUGUCACUUUGUCUCCUAACAGCAGCUUGUCUAGUCUCGUAUAGUCGAGUGUAUCUAAUGUAUCACAGCUGGAGUCAGGUCACGUACGGAGCCGUGGCAGGAAGUAUCUUGGCUAUAGCUUGGUUUGCCAUCACACAGGAGAUUCUUACACCGUUGUUCCCUAGAAUUGCUUCCUGGCCAAUUUCAGAAUUUUUUCUUAUCCGUGACACCAGUCUAAUUCCCAAUAUCCUGUGGUUUGAAUACACAGUCACUCGAUCAGAAGCCAGAAGCAGACAACGCAAACUCGGUACAAAGCUGCAGUGAAUCUCAGACCAAGAAACUGACAGGGAUGGGGUGUGAUGGCGGUAAGAUCCAUAACCUUCUGGCAGUCCAAGGGAACUGAUGCCAGGACAGCCCAUGGCGCACAUGGAGAACAUUUAAAACUGACGGACCAAAAAAUAAAAUAAAAAUGGGAGUGAGAGAGAGGCCUUCAACUUGGUUUACAAUGCCUGUCUUGCCAGCGGCCGCCCUCUGCAUGUCAGGACCGGGGCUGACCAAUGCUCUCCAAUGCACGCUGUCCAGCGGUCCCUCUCCGAGAUGGAUUGAUGGAAAUUUAGCAAGAGCUAAGGUGUUUUUUUUUUUUUUAAAUUCAUGAGAUGAUCAAAGGAAAUCCAUUAUUCUAACAAAAAAACAACAACAAACAACCCUUUUUAUUGCAUGAAUAUCCACCUUUUAUUUAUUUAUAUAUAUAUUUUAUAAAAAAAAAAAAAAUUGAAACUAAUAAGUAUAGGGUGGAAUAUGCUGUAAAUGACGGCAACAUUUUUUUUAUUUUUAUUUUUGGGUGGGUGGGAGAAUCACCGGCGAGUGAGACACUUAACCCUUUGUGCUUUAACAGACUAAGCUUGGUUGCCGAUAUAGUAAUACCGCCCCCCCCCCCCCUUUCCUAUGGGUUUCAGCUAUGCUCCCCAAGGUGCCUAUUGAUGAUUGACAGCUGGAGGGCUUAAAGCAAUUCCUGUUGCACUUUUGAACAAGGUUUUCGAUUCGAGGACUACAAAUAACCAUUUUAACACUAGUGAUUUUUUAUUUUUUAUUUUUUAUUGUUUGUGUAAAAAUUGUGAACGCAAGUGGAAAGCGGGUGAUGUCUUUUCCUGGUUUGUUACUUGUCUUACUUCACAGAGAAGAGGAUUCUUGCAGUAACUGAGAGACUGUUUCGCUCUGUAGCCUCCCAUGUGGUUCAAUUGUUUAGUUUUUUUUUUAAAUAGAACAGUGUUCCCAACCAGAGUGCC